AUGGCUACGCUCCGCGUUCUGUCGUUCGACACUGAGGGCCGCCCGAUUCAGUUCAAGACCUGGCUCGAUGACCUGCAGCUGUUCCUAAUGAGCGAUUGUAACGACAAUGUCUCGCUUUUUGACCACACGUCUGGUGCCUCAGUCUCUCCUCCUACCACAGCUGAGCUUAGCGCCCUUGCUCGAUACUCCUCCCCUGCCACUGCUGAGCUUAGCCGCCUCAUGCUGCCCUACCCGUUUCUUGAGCUAUCCGCCGUUGUCAUAGUGGCUGGUCUCAUCACCCACCUUCGCACUAGUGACACUCGCCUUUGCGCCGCCCUCCGCAAAGAGUUCUUAGCUAAGAACCGGUGUCCGAUGCACUGGACCCUCCACUUCAUAGUAACCCGUCUCCCUGACUCUCUUAGCUCGGUCAGGGACCACUUUCUCAGUCGCGGCUCCACCGAGCUCACUGUCGACCUCCUAGAGGAGCACCUGCUUGCAGCAGAGAAGAGCAUUGUCGCUCUGUUGACUUCCUUGGUGCUGAGUCUGUUGGUGCUGCUUCUGCACCUAGUGGGAGGCGCCGCAGUGGCAAGUGCAAGGGAGCCAAGAAUAGCUGAGGUGGCACCGGGGGGGAUGGUGGUGGAGGCGGUGGAGGAGGAGGAGGUGGUGGAGGGAGUGGUGGCGGGAGUGCUGGCGGGAGUGGUAGCGUCGGUAGCGGCGGUGGAGGCGGUGGCGACGGAGGGGUUGGCGGCGGCGGUGGUGGCAGCGGUGGCAGCCGGGGCGGCGUUGGCGGCGGCGGUGGAGGUGCUAGCGCUGGCCAGAGACAGUAGCAGCGUCACCUCUAGGUGA